GAGACGGCCACUCUGAACUGUACCCUGACCUCUCUGUACCCCGUGGGGCCCAUCCAGUGGUUCAAGGGGACAGGGCCAGGCCGGGAGUUAACCUACAGUUUCAAAGGAGGUCACUUUCCCCGAAUAACAAAUACUGCAGACACCACAAAGAGAAACACCAUGGACUAUUCCAUCCGCAUCAGUAACAUCACCCCAGCAGACACCGGGACCUACUACUGUGUGAAGUUCCGGAAAGGAGACCCUGAGGCCGUGCCGUUUAUGUCUGGUCCUGGCACUCAGCUCAUUGUGAGUG